UGUCUUUUCUUGAACCAAAUGAAUAAUAACAUCAACUCCCUCUUCCAAAACACACAAAAUCAACAAACAGAUUUCAACAUCUGCUUAAUUAAUUAACUCCUCGCACCAUAUACAUAUACACACAUACCUUCUUGCUUCAAAGUUUUGCCUAAAGAUGCGCAGCAUGGCGAGCUCCGCCUCGCCCAAAGGCAUCGCCGCCAUUGUCGGCGUCGGCCCCAAGCUCGGCCGCUCCAUCGCCCGCAAAUUCGCGCACGAAGGCUACACCGUCGCCAUCCUCGCUCGCGACCUAGGUAGGUUAUCGAGAUUUGCGGAUGAGAUCGCACGAGAAGAGAAAGCCCAAGUAUUCGCGAUCCGGAUCGACUGCUCCGAAUCCCGGAGCAUCAAGGAGGCGUUCGAGGGGGUUCUCUCUCUCGGCUUCGUCGAGGUUCUAGUCUACAACGCCCACCACCCGCCGUCAUGGAGCCCCACCAGCUUCGCCGACAUCCGCCUCGAGCAUUUCGAGAAGUCCCUCGCCGUCGCGGCCGUCGGCGCCUUCCACUGCGCACAACAGGUGCUUCCAGGGAUGGUGGAGAGAGGGAGGGGGACGAUUCUCUUCACGGGCUGCUCUGCCUCGCUUAACGGCAUUCCGGGGUUUUCCGACAUCUGUUGCGGGAAGUUCGCAAUGAGAGCAUUAUCACAAUGCCUGGCGAGUGAGUUCCAGCCUCUGGGAGUACACGUGGCGCAUGUCAUCAUCGACGGCAUCAUCGGCACACCUAGGUGGAUUACAGCAUCAACUUCACAGCAAAGAUGUUCUUCUUCUUCUUCAGCUGGGGAAGGACAGCACGGCAGAAGAGGGGACGGGUGGAUGGACCCGGACGCGGUGGCUCAGACUUAUUGGCUUCUGCACGUCCAGGACCGGUCGGCCUGGACUCAGGAGAUCGAUGUUCGCCCCAGCAGCAGCAGCUCCCCCUUUUGAAAUAUAUAUAUAUAUAUAUCAUUCCUGCAGGUUGUUAUGGAUAAUAUUGUAAUAUUCUUCCCCUUAAUUCAAUCAGGUUCAAGUUGUAAGUUUCUUAGCAUCUACGUACUAUGCUUGUGAUUAUCUGAGAUUCCAAGAUUUCGAUUGGUUUGAUGAUUGAUGUAUAUCGGUUCCACUCUUGGUUAGUUCCUUUUGUAAGAAUUUUAUGCAAUGACAUUAAUGAAUGU